AUGUCACAGUACGGAAACGGAUAUGGAAACAGCGGGGCAAACCCGUAUGCUCAACAAGCAUCGCCAGGCUACCCUCAAUCACCUCAAUACGACAAUGGAGGAGCAAUGGGACGAGACUCUUAUGGUGGACAAAAUGUAGAGAUGUCAUCUUUAGCUCAAAAUGGAAGUGCACCCGGAGAGCAAGCCGAUCCAAACUUCAUUCUCAACUCAUGUCGCGACAUCGACUACCGAAUUGAAGCGACUUCUUCCUUCGUUACCCGGCUGCAAACACUGAGAAACAGAGUAGGGAGUGAGCUUGACCAAGGGACAAUCGCCAGAGACCUCGCAAACAUUGCAUCCGAGUCGAGUGUUGCAUUCAAGAGUCUCAUCAAUGAAAUAUCCAGCCUCAAGAGAAUGCCCGAGUCAGGAAGUCCAAGGAAUCAACCACAAAUUGGCAGAGUCCAACGUAAACUUAAGGGACAAAUGGAGCAAUACAAGGCGAAAGAGAUGGAAUUCGAACAUGCAGUGCGAGACCAGAUGAGACGAGAGUAUAGAAUUGUCAAUGCCGAUGCCACAGAAGAAGAAGUCAACGCUGCUGUUCCCAAUGCAGAGCCUCAGCAAAUGUUUCAACAAGCUUUAAUGACUAGCAAUAGACAAGGACAAGCUAAUACAACUUUGAACGCUGUCCGACAACGAAACGAGGCCAUCAAGAAGAUUGAGAGAGAUAUCAUAGAAAUCGCCGAAUUGUUCUCAGAGAUGGAGAACUUGGUUGUACAACAAGAAGCUGCUGUAGUUAACAUCGAAAUGAAGGGCGAAGAAGUUGUCGAGAAUAUGGAUAAGGGAGUUCAACAAAUGGACACGGCAAUUGUCAGUGCGAGAUCAAGAAACAGAAAGAAGUGGUAUUGCUUAGGUCUUGUUGUUAUCAUUGUUGCCAUUAUCGCAAUCGUCUUAGCUGUACACUUCACCAGUGGCAAAUCAGACGACAAUGCCAAAACUACUACCAAGAGAGCGGUUAUUCCAGGUACCGACUUCACUACAUCAGACAGACUUGUCGUACCAGGAGCGAGCUUUGUAGAAUCAAGAAUGGUGGUCGCAGGCAAGGAAUGGAGCGAAGAAAAGGCAGUUGUCCCAGGUGCGGAUUUCACACCUGUGGUAAGAAAGUGGAAGAAAUUCAUCGCAUGA